AUGGAAAAGGAAACUGUGAAAGAUAUCAUUGAAGAAGUUGAUGAUGAAUUACAUAAAAUUGUGUUCAAAGUGAUUGAAGGAGAUAUCUUGGACGUGUAUAAUUCCUUUAGCUUCAUCCUUACGACCAGAGAUGUGGGCGAUAAGAAGUUUGUUAUCUGGACUAUAGAGUUCGAGAAGGCGAAUGCAAGUAUACCGGAUCCAAUAUCGUAUCUGGACUUGGUUUGUGGAUUAGCUCGAAAUAUUGAUGCUCAUUUUCUCAACCUUCAUCCAUCAAGAAUCUUAGAAACAAUCAGGUGUAUUCAUCUACCUUCUUCUCUCAAAUCUCACCUGGGAAUACCAAACCAAAUCCUCUCAUCUCUCUCCCUCUCUCAACUUCGACGAAGUCAUACCACCAUCACCUACCAAAUACCUAACAACAUUGUCGUCACUGCCUUGUCGAGUGCUGCGAUUUGGGGGCGAAGGUGA